AUUUUCCUUACUGAGGAGUUGGCAACACUGGUUCAGUCAGUCUAGUUUCACUUUCCUUUGAGAAAAGUCCAACCUCCGUAUUCUCUGAUUUUUUUUUUCUUAUUUUCUACGGUUGAAAUCAUGGAUGUUUUGCUUGAGGAAAUAAGAAGCAUCGAUGAAGCAGCAGCUUCUGUACUGGAACUGGCAGAUUUGACCAGUGACUCAGAUCUCCAGUCACUGACUUUGCAAGACCUGGGUGAGCUGCUCCCUGGAGUUAAAAAUGUCAAACUGAGAAGGAAAAUCUUUGAUAUAAUACAGAUGCAGAAACCAAUUGGUGUGCCUGUGAAAGAAUUCAAGGAAUCUCUCAGCGCUGCCUUAACCGAAAAUGGAGUCUUGGUGGACUACCUGAAAAUGUUGAAGGAAAUGAAGAUCCAAAUGAAUAAAAUGCAGGAUUUCCUUGAUGCACAUAUCAAUCAACUGGAGGACUUCAGGAAAUCUCAACCAUUGCAGAACCAGGAGAAAGGAUCUUUGUCAAGUAGUCACAAUAGCCAAACUGGUGACCCUCCACAAACACAACAAGCUGCCAGUAGUGCAUUGCACUCCUCACGCUCUACUACUGUCAAGCGUGACCAUCCAGAGAAAAGACAAGGUGUUCUAAUUACUUCCAUUGUCAUAGGUGUAUAAAAUCAAACACCUAGCCAUGCAGACUGCUUCCACGAACAAAACCAGUAGUGAAAUUUUCUCACUGUUAAAUAUUUCAGUCAGCUGUUACUGGUAUUAUUACAAAGUGGAAGUGAUUGGGAACAACAGCAACUCAGCCACCAAGUGGCAGGCCACGUAAAAUCACAGACGAUCCUGAUGUUUAUAGUGCACAGAGUCAUGGGAAUAAGUCCAAAGUGUUAGAUGCAGUGGUGUAAAGCACGCCAUUACUGACUUGACUGGCCUGGACAGAGUCCUGACCUCAUCCCUACAGAACACCUUUUGGUUGAAUUAAAGCAGAGAUUGCGAGCCAGGGCUUCUCGUCAACAUCAGUAUCUGACCUCACAAAUGUGUUUCUGGAAGAAUGCUCAAAAAUUUCCAUAAACACUCCUAAACAUUGUGGAAAGCCUGAUGAGAAGAGCUGAAAACUUUUAUAGCUGAAAACAUGGGGCUGGCAUCAUAUUCAACCAUAUGGAUUAAGAAUGGUAUGCCACUAAAGUUCAUAUGUGUGUGAAAGCAGAUACGUUUGGCAUUAUAGUGUAUCAAAUGAUUAGGAUCUAUUAGCCUUUAUAUUUUGUUUUACUCUAAAAAAUUGUAUUGUAUUAAUCAACCCUAAAAUGUUUUAAAUUUCGGCUGCAUAUUGUAAAGUGUAUAGUUACCUAAAUAUACAUACUACUUUUCGAGAAUGCUUAACAUUUUUAUAUUUGUACUUAGGUGAUCUAAAUCACUAUGUUUAAAACCUCUUCAACUCAAGACUUUAUAUUUAAAAGACUAGGAAAGCUCUGUUAAUAAUUCUAUUAAUUUUUAGGAAGUUUUAGCAAGAAUUUGUUGUGCUACAUUAAUAAAUUAAUUUCACUCACUGAAUAAAAGCCUUUUAUUUUAUUUACCAUGAAUGACUGUAUUCCAGAAUAUUUAAUUUGAUUCUCCUGCGAAUUUAACUUGCUCUUUAUUUGUAAUUUUUUUGUAUUAUUUCUAUAGCCACACUGAAGUACAAGAUGGUGAUCAGUGGAAAAACUUUUAAUGCCCAUCAGCAGAUACUGGACAAAGUAAAGUCUGUAAGUGAGGAUCCUGAUUUGAAUUUGAUCAAACAGGAAGGAAGCGAUCAGAAUUGCCAGGCCA